AUGGCUCAUGGAAUAUCGAAAAGAGAUGUUCCUAUCGUACAACAGAUGACUAUUGCAGGUCCCAAAACUAGGCCUACAAGUCAUGCAUUGAAAGCGCAUUUUGCUAUCAAUGGAGCUCCUUAUCAAUUCGAUGAUAAUUUGAGAUCCGAUCCUCACGCGAAUCCGUUCAUACUCAUGGUUUCGGAUAUUCCGGAGACUACUCGAUACCACCCUUUGAAACCGACAAAAAGAUCCUUCAUGUUAGAUUAA